AAAAGAGGCCAGGGUGGGCGGAGGGAAGCUGUGGGGAGAUCGCAGCACCCAGCGCCAAGCGCAGCGCAGCAGCACCACGACAGACCGCAGGAGCUCCCACCGACGGGCGCAGCUGGAGCAAGCAGAGCCGGGAGGCGUGAUCUAAGCCGAGAACCGAGCCGGGCGGCAUCCCCCAGCCGCAGCACCACACACCGGCUCCCUCCUCGCGUCCCUGCUCCCCACCGCGCCCCUCCGGCCAGCAUGAGGCUCCUGGCGGCUGCGCUGCUCCUGCUGCUCCUGGCGCUGUGCGCCUCGCGCGUGGACGGAUCGAAGUGCAAGUGUUCCCGGAAGGGGCCCAAGAUCCGCUACAGCGACGUGAAGAAGCUGGAAAUGAAGCCAAAGUACCCACACUGCGAGGAGAAGAUGGUUAUCAUCACCACCAAGAGUAUGUCCAGGUACCGGGGCCAGGAGCACUGUCUCCAUCCUAAGCUGCAGAGCACCAAACGCUUCAUCAAGUGGUACAAUGCCUGGAACGAGAAGCGCAGGGUCUACGAAGAAUAGGGUGACCAAUCUCGGGAGGAAAAACUCCAGGCCAGUUGAGAGACUUCAGCGGAGGACUUUGCAGAUUAAAAUAAAAGCCCUUUCUUUCUCAGACAAAUCAUA